AUGAAUAUUCCAACGGCAAUAGUUAUUUUCCUUAUUUCAAUUAUAAGCAAUUUCACUUUUGCGACAGAGGGCAGAAAUACUGUCCAACUGGUUCCUUUCAAUGUGCAGGUACCGAUUACUGUUGUUCAAAAGAAUGUGGUGUCAUUUGUGAUAGCAAGAAUUGUUGUGAACCGGGCUAUAUUUGUUGCAAGACUUAUUGUUGUAAGACGGGUUACUCCUGUUGUGGAGGCACCUGUUGAUAACAAAGUUUUCAAGUACCGAGAUAUUGCCAAAACUAAUGAUGAUAAUACCCCUGCGUAUGAUUAUGAUUUCGACAAUAAAAAAUUAAUUAUAACCACCUUAGGGAAACUAACAAUCAACGGAAAAAUCGAGAGCAAAUUUGACGCUGACCAUGUUUUUGAAGCGCAAAUUCUUCCUAAUUUCCUUAAGAGCUUGGGAAGUUAUGGCGAAAAAAUAUGUAACUUUAUAUUAAACUCACCCGAUUUUCUGUACAAGAUCCAAGAAAUCAUUAAUCACAAGAGCAAUCUACGGUUCCUUAUUGACCGACUUAACUCUGGCAAAGGGAACAUAUUUCAGGGAAAUAAUUACAAGGAAAGGCAAGGGGUAAAAGAUUAUCUAAGUACAGAUGAUGCCUACAAUGCGUAUUCCAAUACACGUAAUAAAGUUAGCGCUUUUCUAAAAGAAGUCGUGAACGCAAUGCCUAACGUCCUAAACAAAAGGAAUAUUGGCAUAACACCAACGCAUACUUCCGAAAGAGACUCGGAUUUUAAUAUCACAAUGCAGAUAUCCAAAAGAGACUUGAAUUUGAAUUCCACUUCCUUUGAAGAUUAUUCACGGUUUAUGUAUGAAGAUUUGACAGGCAGGAAACUGCCUCCAGACGGCACUUCUUCAAACACACCCAGCAAGUCCUCUUCUACCUUAUUGUUUCCCUGUUUUUUCAUAACAUCAACAGUAAUUGUGUUAAAUCUUAUUUUUUAA